UUGAAGGUAUCAACUUAAGCUGCUGUCCGGGCCGGUUACCCUUCGGCGUUAUAUCUUCCUCCCUCCUCUCCACCAGAUAAUGAGGGCAUGCUAGGAUCCGAAUUUCUUCCUUCUGUCUAUCAAUCGCGCAAUCCGAACAUCUAAACCCACAUUAUCUGGGUCCCUCUCCGUGACCCUGACCUCUCCCCGCAAGCACACGAAUCCCCGACGAAGAGCAAGCUAGAGAGGCUUCUCUCUGCUGCACGUUCAGCGGCUCGCUAUCAUGAGUUACAUGAAAAAGGAUGAGGAUGCCGACCAGACUAUGAUAAAGCUGGAUCGGACCUCUGUUUUCCAAGAUGCACGGCUGUUCAAUACUUCGCCGAUAUCCCCACGGCAAUGCCGCACGCUCCUGACCAAAAUUGCCGUCCUUGUCUUCACUGGCGAACAAUUCCCCACAAAUGAAGCAACUACCCUGUUCUUUGGUAUCUCAAAACUAUUCCAGAACAAGGAUCCCUCACUACGGCAGAUGGUAUACCUCAUCUUGAAGGAGCUAGCAAACACGGCCGAAGAUGUUAUUAUGUCCACUAGCAUUAUCAUGAAGGAUACCGCAGUCGGUAGUGACGUUCUUUACCGAGCCAAUGCUAUUCGGGCCCUGUGCCGCAUCAUCGAUGCAACGACUGUACAGGGCAUCGAGCGAUUGAUCAAAACGGCCAUUGUCGACAAGACCCCCUCCGUCUCCUCCGCCGCGCUAGUUUCCUCAUAUCACCUUCUCCCAAUUGCGCGUGACGUGGUCCGCAGGUGGCAGAGUGAGACUCAAGAAGCCGCUUCGUCAUCAAAGCAGUCGACUGGUUUCCUUGGAUUCGGGGGCAGUUCCCAGGCCCACGCCAUCUCGCAGUCAAAUUUUAUGACCCAAUAUCAUGCAAUUGGUCUUCUGUAUCAGAUGCGUUCUCACGACCGUAUGGCACUUGUCAAGAUGGUCCAACAGUACGGCGCUGCGGGCGUGGUGAAGAGCCCCGCUGCCCUUGUUCUUCUCGUGCGACUCGCCGCAAAACUGGCCGAAGAGGAUCAAGGCCUGAGGAAGCCGAUGAUGCAGAUGUUGGAUGGAUGGCUUCGGCACAAACACGAGAUGGUGAACUUCGAGGCUGCAAAGGCAAUCUGCGACAUAAGGGAUGUUACCGAUGCGGAGGCGUCUCAAGCUGUCCAUGUCCUCCAGCUGUUCCUCUCCUCGCCCCGUGCCAUCACCAAGUUCGCAGCCAUCCGCAUUCUCCACCGAUUCGCGUCGUUUAAGCCUCACGUUGUAAACGUAUGCAACCCUGAUAUUGAAUCGCUAAUCUCCAAUUCCAACCGGUCUAUCGCCACCUUCGCCAUCACCACACUCCUGAAGACCGGCAACGAAGCUAGCGUCGACCGUCUGAUGAAGCAAAUCUCGGGCUUCAUGGCUGAUAUCACUGAUGAAUUCAAGAUCACAAUUGUGGAAGCCAUUCGAACCCUGUGCUUGAAGUUCCCAAGCAAGCAAGCAGGCAUGCUUUCUUUCCUCAGUGGUAUAUUGCGAGACGAGGGUGGCUAUGAAUUCAAGCGGAGCGUCGUUGAGAGCAUGUUCGACCUUAUCAAAUUUGUUCCCGAGAGCAAAGAGGACGCUCUCGCUCAUCUGUGUGAAUUCAUCGAGGAUUGCGAGUUCACAAAACUCUCUGUCCGAGUUUUGCAUCUUCUUGGUGUCGAGGGCCCGAAAACGUCACAGCCGACAAAGUAUAUUCGGUACAUUUACAACAGAGUGGUCCUUGAAAACGCCAUUGUUCGAGCUGCUGCUGUGACAGCUUUGGCCAAGUUCGGUGUGGGCCAGAAGGAUCCCGAAGUCAAGUCCAGCGUUUCUGUUCUGCUUACCCGGUGCCUCGAUGAUACCGACGACGAAGUCCGUGAUCGUGCGGCCCUAAACCUUCGGUUGAUGGCUGAAGAGGACGCGGUGGCUGACGUGUUCAUCAAGAAUGAAUCAAUGUAUUCGCUUUCAACGUUCGAACACCAGCUUGUCAUGUAUGUGACAUCUAAUGACAAAGACACCUUCGCCGCCGCAUUUGACGUUUCUACCAUUCCUGUCGUCACUCUCGAGCAAGCCUUGGCUGAAGAACGAACCAAGAAGCUUAAUCACGCUACACCUACGCUUAAGGCACCAUCCACCGGUCCUCCUAAAGGUGCCAAGGCGAACGGUGUGGCCGAAGCUGCUACUGCAGCGGCUACCCAGAAGUAUGCCGAGCAGCUCAUGCAGAUUCCCGAGCUCAGGGCGUAUGGCACCUUGCUCAAAUCUUCCGUACCCGUGGAACUCAGUGAAAGCGAAACGGAGUACGUUGUCACUGCCGUCAAGCACAUUUUCAAGGAGCAUAUUGUCUUGCAGUACGACAUCAAAAAUACUCUUCCGGAUACUGUUUUGGAAGAUGUUACCGUUGUUGCGACGCCGUCCGAGGAAGAUGCCCUGGAGGAAGAGUUCAUUGUUCCUGCACCUAAACUGAGCACCAACGAGCCGGGCGUUGUAUAUGUCACGUUCAAGAAACUCGAGGGCGAACAGAGCGUUCCUGUCGUCUCAUUCACGAAUAACCUGAAAUUCACCAGCAAGGAGAUCGACCCAACAACUGGAGAGCCAGAAGAUAGUGGUUACGAGGAUGAAUACCAGGUCAACGACCUGGAACUGACAGGCAGUGAUUAUGUUAUUCCCACGUUCGCUGGCAGCUUUGACCACGUCUGGGAGCAAACGGGGGCAAAUGGCGAGGAAGUUAGCGAGACUCUGCAACUCAGCAACAUGAAGGGCAUUACCGAUGCCACCGAGCAACUCGUCUCUGCACUCUCCCUCCAACCUCUCGAAGGCACCGACGUGGCCCUCAGCAACAGCACACAUACCCUCAAACUAUUCGGAAAGACUGUAUUAGGCGGCCGAGUGACGGCCCUCAUCAAGAUGGCAUACUCUAGCAAAUCUGGAGUCACAACAAAGAUUACCGUGCGCGCUGAAGAAGAAGGUGUCGCGGCUGCUGUGAUUGCUUCUUUAGCCUAAGGUCGCGACGUAAUGGAGGUGUGUUUAUUCUUUCUCAGAGGUAUAUUAUGGCAGCGAUGAGUCCUUGCAUCAUGAUCUUUGGACGCGUCCUCCCAUCAUCUAUUUUUUUUCCCUCCAAUUUCCCCUCGUCUAUAAUGCAGGUGUCAGUGACCUUAGAUGCGACGAAUGUUUUGUGUAGGCGUCCAAUCCCCAAUGAUUGUUUCUUGCUUUCAAUAUUCUCUUCGCUUUUCUUCUCCAAGCUUUGUGUCUUAAACCUGAUGAUUGCGUCUUGGCAAAUAAAAGAGUAUACAUUGUGCUUGUCUCGCUACUUCGUUGUAAGGGUGGAUUAUUGAGUACUGAUAAGCUUUAUUGUCGGCAGUCUUGUCAUGUCGAACCGCGGCAUAUUGCCGAUAUGAAGCUGGCCCACACCUGCAAGUAUGGUUCAUUCGACCUGUUAGAGCUGUUGACUCGAACUGCUCUUAUCAAGUUAUCAAUUUCUCUACCGGCAGUCUGGCAUCGGCUCCUUGUCCUGCUUCGGAGCUGCGGGUGCGCCCUAUCG